AUGUCUAACCGAAAGCCCGCUGAUGUUGCGGCGAAAGAGCGCAACGAGUACAUUCCCUCCUUCAUCUCGAAGAAGCCAUUCUACGUUGACGACGAUGCCGAUGUCGACUACUUGGAGCAUCAACGUCUCCAAAAAGCCACUCCCGACCAGUCGAAAUGGUACGAUCGUGGAAAGCGCGCCGGUCCAGCAGCUACGAAGUAUCGCAAAGGCGCAUGUGAAAACUGCGGCGCGAUGACACACAAAACUAAGGAGUGUCUGAGUCGGCCACGAAAGCAAGGCGCCAGAUGGACUGGCAAGGAUAUCCAAGCGGAUGAACUACUGCAGAACGUGGACAUGGGGUGGGAUGCGAAACGCGAUCGAUGGAAUGGCUACGAUGCCAGCGAGUACCGUCAAGUCGUCGAUGAAUACGAAGAAAUGGAGGCCAUCAAGAAGGCGGCCAAAGAGAACUCAGAUUUGAAGAAGCUCGGUGAAGAGGACGACGCACCCGACUCCGACAUCCGCUACGCUGAGGAAUCCGACAUGGGACGUCAGCAGAGCACCGCAACUCGCAACCUUCGUAUUCGUGAAGAUACCGCGAAGUACCUGCUCAACCUCGAUCUUGAUUCCGCCAAAUACGACCCCAAGACGCGCCGAAUGGUGGACAUGGGUGCGCAGGAUGAUCAGGCAUCUGCGCUUGUCGCAGAAGAAAACUUUGUCCGCGCCUCUGGGGAUGCUGCCGAGUUUGAAAAAGCUCAGCAAUAUGCGUGGGAGUCCCAAGAAAAGGGUCACCCCCAACUCCACAUCCAAGCCAACCCUACGUCAGGCGAGGUCCUCAGGAAGAAGGAGAAGGAAGACAGUGAAGCCAAGCGUACAGCUCAUCGCAAGGCACUCAUGGAAAAAUACGGCGGUGACGAACACGCGCAACCCAGUGCACUACGAGACACUAUGGUUGUUGAGAACGAGCGGUUCGUUGAAUAUGACGAGAGCGGCGCCAUCAAGGGUGCGCCCAAGAAAGCCACCAAAUCAAAAUAUCCCGAAGAUGUCAUGGUCAACAACCAUUCUUCUGUUUUCGGCAGCUGGUGGUACCAGUUCAAGUGGGGAUACGCAUGCUGCUACUCCACUGUGAAGAACAGCUACUGCACUGGAGAGGACGGCAAGAGGGCAUUUGAGGAAGAGGGAAACCUGUUAAUGAUGGGUGAUGAGGAUGAAGAGGUUGCUGACAACACUGACACCGCGGAUGCCUCCCGUGAGCCCGAACCCACCCAGCCCCGGGGCACUGAGAACGAGAGUGCCAAUGCGAAAAAGCGAACUUUGGAGGAACUGAAAUCUGGUGUGACCGAGGAGGAAUAUGAAUCAUACAAACGAAGCCGAUUGGCGGCCGAUGAUCCCAUGGCGAAUUUUAUUGGGAAGGAUUGA